AUUCAGCAUUUCAUAUCUGCUGCGUUUCCCUCCUCUCAAACACGAUAAGAAACAGACGAAGGCGAAAAGCUCAAGAGCGCUCGCUAGAUAAGCGCUCAUCCUCGAGCCAGUCGCGCCGAUCGCCUCCGCCUCCGAUGGCUUCUUCCACCUCCCUCCUCCCCACCACCGCCGCCGCGGCGGCGGCGGCGGCUGCUUCUGCUCGCCGCACCCCGUCCGCGUCCGGCCACCGCCGCUCCUCCCCUUCCGCGCUCCAUUUCCUCCCGCACCGCCUCGGCCUGCGCCACCGCCGCGCGCCUUUCCGGCACGUCGUCGUGUCCGCCUCGGCGGCUUCUUCCUCCUCCUCGGCGACGUCGCUCGACGCCCUCAUCUUCGACUGCGACGGCGUCAUCCUGGAGUCGGAGCACCUCCACCGGCAGGCCUACAACGACGCCUUCGCGCACUUCGGGGUGAGCUGCGACCCCGCGGCCGCCGGGACGCUGUACUGGGACGAGGCCUUCUACGACGACCUCCAGAAUCGGAUCGGCGGCGGGAAGCCCAAGAUGCGGUGGUAUUUUGGGGAGAAUGGGUGGCCUUCUUCAAAUAUCUUUGAGACACCACCUUCAAGUGACUCUGAUAAGGAGAAGCUAGUUGACAUCGUCCAGGACUGGAAAACAGAAAGAUACAAAGAUAUACUAAAAUCUGGAACUGUGAAACCAAGACCUGGCGUUUUGCAACUGAUGGAUGAAGUAAAGGGUGCGGGUAUCAAGCUAGCUGUUUGCUCUGCUGCGACUAAAAGUUCAGUGAUUCUGUGCCUUGAAAGCCUUAUUGGACUUGAACGGUUUAAUGGCCUCGAUUGCUUCCUUGCUGGUGAUGAUGUUAAACUAAAGAAGCCUGAUCCAUCAAUAUAUAUUACGGCAGCAAAGAAAUUAGGUGUGCAAAGCCAGAAUUGCCUUGUAGUCGAGGACAGUGUUAUUGGACUACAAGCAGCGAAAGGAGCAGGAAUGUCGUGUAUAAUAACAUAUACUCCUUCAACUGCUAACCAAGAUUUCACGGAUGCAAUUGCGACCUAUCCUGAUCUCAGUAAUGUGAGCCUUGAAGACCUCAAGUUGUUGCUCCAAAAAUCUCUUGUCACUGGAUAGCAAAGCACUUUUGUCCAAACAUAAUAGAUUAAUUUAUAUACGCAUUUCUAUCCACAAAGUUCAGGUCUAGACUGAAGCUAGAAUAUAUCUUGUUUCAGCCUACUGGUAUCUUCAAGAUCGACCAAAUGUUGGAGAACGAAUAUAUGCCAAUACAUUCUUUGAGAAUUUCUAUAUGGUACUGUAAAAAGAAGGAAAAUGCUACUAAUCACAAAAAAAUACCAAAAUUGCCAGUGGAACAGCAGAUAGUGUUGUACACAUGGAAACUCUUGGUAUGAUGUUGACAAACUGCUGGAAACCAUUGUCAGGAAGGGAAGUACAUCUGUUGGAAUAUAUAGUUGUAAAGAAAACAUGUUCUUUUGUUGCUUAUAUAUGCAGCAAAUUCUGCUCAUUUUUACCUCUUUUACUAGAACUGAACUUGUUGCAGUAAUUUAACUCCAAUCUCUUCAUUUAACCCUGGAUUCCUUUGGUACUUGCCUCCUUGCUGCGCAUCUCGUUUGAUGAUGAUGUGAAUACGUGACGGAAUGUCUCCAAAGGAAGCUUUGUGCUUCUCUUCACUAUCAGAUAGAUUUGGCAUGGUGCCAAAAGCCAAGAAAAUCCAUUUGUUUCGGAUAGGCUUGUAGCUAGUCAAGUACUACUAUGUUAUGUUCACCACUUAGAAGUCCAUCAUAGUGUAGAGUACAGGAGAGAACUAAAGUGUCAUCGUCGUCCUGAGUCCUGAAGUCCUUCAAUUCAAUCCAUGAAUAAUGCGUACAUAUGCUUGGAAAUA